GACAGCCCAAGGCCCCGCCCCCGGUCUCUCUAAGCGACCCGCACUUUCGGAGCUGGCUGUAGGCCGGCCCUCUGUCUGCGAGGGCUGAAAUGCUGACGGUAGCGGACGAGUCGAGGCAUCGCGCGCCCGUGAGGGGUUCGCCGUCAGUGCUGUUCCGGGCCGGGAGCCGCGGCUCGGGUCCCCCGAACUAUCAUCGACAGUGCCCGCGCGACCCAACGGCGCCGGCGCGCGCCCCGUCUCCUUGGCGACGGGCUUUUCUCGGCAAGGACCCCGGCGGUGGGGCUGCCCGGUGGCGCCUGUUCGUCGAAACGCUUUUGCGGUCCGAGAGGCGGGCGCGCUGGGAACUCAGGGACUGCGUCGAGGCUGCGGAUCUAGUCGGCGAUUGGGCUCGAUCUGGAGUGCACGGGACGAGGGCGGCCCGGCGGCGGGCCAGGCCCCGGGACCUAUGACGCGGACGCUGAGCUGGCGGGGCGGGCUGGGUGGCGGGCGGUGGCUCCUCCUCCUCCUCCUCCUCCUCCUCGGGCUACAGGUAAGGGCUACCGCGGGGAGCGACCAAGGGGAAUGGCUUGCUGGAACGUUAGCCCAGGGUCUCGGGACCUGGAGGGGGUAACCCCCGAAGUGUCAGCCCUCAGAACACCUCUAAGUGUAAGGGAGCGUUGUUGACUCCCAGAAUUUAGAGGGAACUACCCCAGAACCCAUCAUCCAGAGAAAGGGAAGCCCCUGGGAGAGGGGACUUGUCUUCGUCCGCUCUUUGCACCAGUAUGGAGAGAGCUCCCACUCAGGGAGUCUCCAAGUUGGUCCGCCAGGCUGCUCGGCGGCUUCACCUCGCAGACUUAGCCUGGCGCUCCCGAUAGAGGCCAUCCAAGGGUUCUCACUGCUUCUCUUUUAAGGCUGGUGUUUAUCUCAAAAGCUUAGGCCCUCCCCGGUUUCUCUGAGCAAGAUGGAAUACCCACGUACCGGAAAGAUAGCGUUCUGGGAAACCCGGGCCCGUGAGUCCCAACUGGCUCGCUGGCCUCUGUGGUGUAUUGUGCAUCAGGGUCACAGAUGGUGGGAUUCUACUCACUCCAGGUCGGUCUCAUUCAUGCAGUCAAAAAACCUUGGCACCUUUUUUUUGUGCUAGGCAGUGGGCCAAGAAUAUGGCUGUGACCAACACCAGGCCCUUACCUUCCUCAAGCCCAGGGUCUGUCAAGGGAGACAGUCACAUACAGAAGCCAGAUUUACUAUGGGGUAGCGAAGCUGGGAGAUGUGAGACCCCAUUCAGCUUAGAUAGAUUCAGCUGAAUGUGGGGUUUGCAGGAGGCUUUCAUGACUCGUGAAAGCCAAGUAGGAGCUAGCCAGAUGAAGAGGCAGCAGAAAGUGGAAGCAGAGACUAAACAAACUUUCUCUUGUAUGUAGAAGUAGACAUGACCCUUUGUGUUAGCCUUUUUAAGUGCACUUGUCAGGGUGGCAGUUGCUGUAGAGACUUUACGGUAUUUUAGCUGUAAAGAUAUAAUAGGAAAGGAGACUACCUGUCAGAUUUGGUUUGAGAGAGUUCUCCAUUGGAAUUCAUGUCUUUCCUGUGUUUUAAUUUGUUUUCAUGAUUAUUAUCAAAGAUUGUAUUCUGUUUCAGAGCUGAGAACCAGCCUUGUUCCUAGAUUAACAACAUCCAACAUUAACAUCAUCCAACAAAUAAUCACAUACCAACUACCAUUGCCAGACACAGUAAGAUACACCAGUAAAUACUUUUCACCAGGGUCCCUGUUCUCAUAGAGUUCACAUUCUGGUUAGGGAAGGCAGAAAUAAAGAAACAAAUCAAACAAAUGAGAUAAUUUCAUAAUUGAGGAGAUGGAGUGGUGAGCUUUCUUGAUGGCCUCUGAAGGGAUGAGUAAGAGGACAGAAAAAUGACCUUGUCAAGGUCAGUUUAAAUGGAGAAGUUGGGACCGAGCCUGGUUGGAAGAGGCUGAAGAGAGGACAAGAGGAAAGAAAGUGGGGCUAGAGAUUUUAUAUCCUUUAAAGCUUUUGGAGUGAGAGGGAACAAAGAAAUGGGUCUGUGGGUUCCACUGGGAUAUGGAAAUGGUGUCUUUUUUAAAAAAUUAUUUUUAUUUUUUAAAUUAACUGGAAGAUACCAGAGCCUGAUAAGAUGCUGCUGGGUGUGUGAUCCAGCAGAGAAAGGAAGGGUUUGCUGAUGCCGCACCAAGGAAGCAGCUACAGGAUAGGUUGCAGAACAUGAGUGGAAUGGCCUUCCAUGGGAGCAUAUAGCAAUAGGAAGGAAAGCAGAAAAGGUUAUUGAAAAUAUAGGUACUAAUGCAAGUCACUAUGGAGUUAAAAAAAAACAUUCUUUCCCCCUAAGGUUUUUUCACCCAUCUUGCUGGGAAUGCAUGUCAUAUAGGUACAUGUGUAUGUGUGUAGUGUGUGUGUGUUGUGAGUGAUUUGGGAAUGUAAAGGUCCUAUCAUUUCUAAACAAAAUACUAAUUUUCAUAAUGAACAAUUGAAUAUUACUGAUCAAAUUGUACACAGUUGUGUACUCUUGCAAAAAUAUAGCCACUAUUGCACAUCCCAGGGUGUACAUGCAUUUUCAAGAAUUCUUUCUAACCAGAUCAGUGAAUUCCAUGACCAGGAAUUGCACCAGGAAAGGAAGUAUGGAUCAGACACUUCAUAAUUAUUGGCAUUUUGCAUGGAGAUAACUGUGGAAGAGUUUUAGGAGCAAGUGGUUUCUGCCAUGCAAAUUUAAGUACAUCAAAUACCUGCUAGGAUUGUGUUUUUCUUGUAUCUUGCUAACUGGAAUAGCACAAAUAUAGGUGCUCUGUCCACAUAGUACCUGCAGGUAAUUGUUACUGGACAUUGUUCAGCUAAACCGCUGUCCCUUAAACCAUUAACUAAAUGAGAUUUGUUCAAGUGAGAUAGUUUUCUCCAGUCUCGGUGGAAGUUGGUUCCAAGCGGGCAGAUUUUAGAACUGGCUGAAGAGCCCCAGUCUGUUGGCUUCUAUAGGUAAGUCUCAGCCCUCAAUGAGAUAGAGGCACAUAGCCCAAAGUAUAUGACAAUGUGUAUCUUUAGAGAGGAAGUUUGUUGGUAUAAUGUACUUUACAUAUACCAUUCUAGAAAGAAACAGAGAAUGUGUGUGUGUGUGUGUAUUUUAGAUUGUUCUUUGAGAAUCUGAAUUAUGUUCUCCCAAAUUUGUAAUCUGGCCUGUAAGCCCCAAUUUUUUAAACAGCCCUUGAAUAUAUUUCUCAUUUCAAAGGCCUUGAGAAAUCAAGUGCCUAAUAGGUACACACUUUACUUUUACUUAAGAUGAAAUUAAUUCAAACCAACUUCGAUUUUAGAAAUAGGCUGUAUUUGAAAGUGCUUUGUAAAAUUAAUGGCCUUAUGUUAGGUACUCCCAAGGGGGAAGAUGAAGUAGUCAAAGUUUCAAAUGUAGUAUCACAAUAUCCUGGUUGAAUAAAAUCUGUUUUGUUUUGUUUUUUGUCUUUUAAGGGCCACACCCACAGCAUAUGGAAAUUCCCAGGCUAGGGGUGGAAUUGGAGCUGUAGCCUCCAGCCUAUACCACAGCCUACGCCACAGCAGGGCGGGAUCUGAGCCGCAUCUGCCACCUACACCACAGCUCACAGCAAUGCCAGAUCCUUAACCCACUGAGCGAGGCUGGGGAUCAAACCUGCAUCCUCAUGGUUACCAGUCAGAUUCAUUUCUGCUGAGCCAUGACAGGAACUCCUAAAAUCUGUUUUUAAUGAAACAUUACCCAGAGAUUGUUGUAGAAAUCUAAUUGUUUAAUUUAACUCCACCUAAGGCCUUGAAUUAUUUUUGAAAUUGUUUUGAAAAAGUAGAGGCUUCAGGUGAGCUGGAGAGCACAAACCUCUGGCAGAGUGACAGUAUUGGACAACACUUACUUUCUUUCUUUCUUUUCUUUUGGUCUUUUUAGGUCCACUCCCAUGGCAUAUGGAGUGUUCUCAGGCUAGGGGUCAAAUCAGAACUGUAGCCACUGGCCUAUGCCACAGCCACAUCAAUGCCACCUCCGAGCUGUGUCUGUGACAUACCACAGCUCAUGGCAACACUGCAUCCUUAACCCAGUGAUCGAGGCCAGGGGUCGAACCUGUGUCCUCAUGGAUACUAGCCUGAUCCAUUUCCACUGAGCCAUGAUGGGAACUCCUGGACCCCACUUUCUUAAGAGAUGGGUAUUUCUGAGACUAGAGCUCUAAACUUUUGAUCACAAGAUUGGAUUUUGUGAAAUUUUGUUAUUAUGUUUUUCUGCUGUGAAGAAUGAAUUUUGGAAUUGUUCUUUUUUUUUUUCUUUUUUUUAAUUCCAAUUUAAGGUGAAUGGAAUACAAUUUGGAACAGGGAUGUUUUGACCUAGGUUUACUUGAUCACAGACAACUGAGUCCUGUCUGAUUUAAUUAGGAAUUUUAAGUAGAAAUUCAUUUAAAAAUGUUUCCAUAGUGGUUAGACCACAGGCAUUCCUCUUGGUGGCAAUUUCUUUUGCUUUUUAUCUAGUGGUUUAUGAUAGACAAGGUUUUUUCUCCAAGUUAUUGUAAGUAUUUUUUUUUUAAUAAAUUAUUUGCAGUGUAGGGAGUUCCCAUUGUGGCACAGUGGAAACAAAUCUGACUAGUAUCCAUGAGGAUGGGAGUCCAAUCCCAGGCCUCACUCAUUGGGUCGGGGAUUGGUGUUGCCCUGAGCUGUGGUGUAGGUUGCAGGUGCGGCUCGGAUCUGGCGUUGCUGUGGCUCUGGUGUAGGCUGGCAGCUAUAGCUCCAAUUUGACCCCUAGCCUGGGAACUUCCAUAUGCUGUGGGUACAACCCUAAAAAAAAAGCAAAUUAAUUAAUUGAUUAAAAUUUGCAUUAAAUUUUUUUUAUUGGAUGUAGUUGACUUAGAAAUUUGGGUUAGUUUCUUGAAAGUAUUUUAUUAUGAUUGCCGUAAAAAAUUCAGAUCCCAGAUUGGGUUCGUAGGAACUGUUGAUUCAAAACGAGUUUCUGGUAGAAUAUACCAAAUGCUCCUCUUGUUUCUACCUGAAUAAAAAUGUAUAGGCAUUUUGAUGGCCAUUUGAAUGUACCUACUGACUUUAGGGGCUUGGUUUUGUUUGUAGGGUUAACUAAUAUUUAUACAAGACAGAAGAGAAAGAUGUCAUUCCGUAAAGUAAACAUCAUCAUCCUGGUCGUGGCAGUUGCACUCUUCUUACUGGUUUUGCACCAUAACUUCCUCAGCCUGAACAGUUUGCUGAGGAACGAGGUUUCAGAUUCAGGAAUUGUGGGGCUUCAGCCCAUAGACUUUAUCCCAAAUGCUCCCCAACAUGCGGUAGACGGGAGACAAGAGGAGAUUCCUGUGGUCAUUGCUGCAUCUGAAGAUAGGCUCGGGGGGGCCAUUGCAGCCAUAAACAGCAUUCAGCACAACACUCGCUCCAAUGUGAUUUUCUACAUUGUGACGCUCAACGGUACAGCAGACCAUCUCCGGUCCUGGCUCAGCAGCAGUACCCUGAAAAGCAUCAGGUACAAAAUUGUGAAUUUUGACAGUAAACUUUUGGAAGGGAAAGUAAAGGAGGAUCCUGACCAGGGGGAAUCCAUAAAACCAUUAACUUUUGCAAGGUUCUACUUGCCAAUUCUGGUUCCCAGUGCAAAGAAAGCCAUAUAUAUGGAUGAUGAUGUAAUUGUGCAAGGUGAUAUUCUUGCCCUGUACAAUACACCACUGAAGCCAGGACACGCAGCUGCAUUUUCAGAAGACUGCGAUUCAGCCUCUACUAAAGUUGUCAUCCGUGGAGCAGGGAACCAGUACAAUUACAUUGGAUAUCUCGACUAUAAAAAGGAAAGAAUUCGUAAGCUUUCCAUGAAAGCCAGCACCUGCUCAUUUAAUCCUGGAGUUUUUGUUGCAAACUUGACAGAAUGGAAAAGACAGAAUAUAACUAACCAGCUGGAAAAAUGGAUGAAACUCAAUGUAGAAGAGGGACUGUAUAGCAGAACACUGGCUGGCAGCAUCACAACACCACCACUCCUGAUCGUAUUUUAUCAACAGCACUCCACCAUUGACCCUAUGUGGAAUGUUCGCCACCUUGGUUCCAGUGCUGGAAAACGAUACUCACCCCAGUUUGUAAAGGCUGCCAAGUUACUCCAUUGGAAUGGGCACUUUAAACCAUGGGGAAGAACUGCUUCAUAUACUGAUAUCUGGGAAAAAUGGUAUAUUCCAGACCCGACAGGCAAAUUCAGCCUAAUCCGAAGACAUGUGGAGAUCUCAAAUAUAAAGUAAGAUAUAAUUUGUGCGACUAAGCAUUUCUCAGGAAAUCCUGGCAGGCAGUACAUGUUGUGACGUGAUUUGCUAGGCUCCAAUGCCUAUCUGUAGGAACUCAUGGAAAAAGGGACAUUUCAGCUGGGUAAAAAAAAGGACAAACUGCCUCAUCUGCCUCGUCUGCCUUACCAAGAAUCUGCUUACUGACAGUGCUGAAUGACAGAGGUGAAUGGACUUAGACACAGCCCGUGGUGGCUAGUUCAACACUGCUGCCUGGUUUUGAUUUUGUAACCUGUGGCUUAACAUAAAAUAAAAACUACAUUUCUCAAUAA